AUGCGCGUGGACUUCACAUUUGCCCUUUUCAUCUGGGCUGCCUUCCAUAGCUUUGGCUGCUUCGCCUUCGACGGCAACUACACCAUAAGCACUUUUAUCAAUGGCGAUUUCGCUGUUGCCGGCACCGACGCGAACGGCUUCAUUGAACUUAGGCGUGGCGAAGGCCAGUUCUGGGAAUUUGAAACUUGGGGGUAUGAGAAUUACCACUUUAUCCGCGACGCCACGACCAAGAAAUAUAUCCGUUUCCCGACGAUCGAGGACGGUGCGACUGCUAUCCUGAGCGAUGAGAGCGCAACAGCAAUCACGGCUUCCCAUGUCACGAUCGAGACACUUACCACUAUGCGUGUCAACGACCCGAAGAAUCCCAGUCAAGGUUUUUUCGUGACGGCGGAACGGUAUGACGAUAGCGCUGGGCCUCGAGUCUUCAGGCUGAGGAGCUGGCCCGUGGAGAAGGAUGGUCAAAAUUUCCAAUUUCUUAAGCAGAUUCCAGCUCGGACGUGA